CACGGAUACUCCAUAAGUUGAAGCCUGGAAGUACUGGGAUUGCAUGUUUGUGACACUGGAUCCAGGCAAAGAAUGAAUUUAAAUGAAAAGUGAAGUAUCAGGUUUCAGGUCUGAAUAAGUCAACAAGAAAAGUAUUCCAGAUUCUCCAUAUUAAAACCAAUACCAAAGAAGCCUACCAUGCUGACCUUUGCCAAAAUUGCCUUGCUUUCAAGUCUGUUCAUUUCAUUACCAUUUGGGAAGACCGAGAAACAAACUCCAAGAAGAAAUAUGACACAGCAUACUAUAGAAGAUUUAAAAACAAUGGGAAACAAAUCCAUCCAUUCUGAAACAAGCACAAAUAUAACUUCAGAGAAUGAAAGUAAUACUUCCAAUCCCUUGAUGACAGACACUUCUCUUAUGGAGCUAUCCACAGCCUAUGAAACAAUAAAUUCCACCAGUAUCUGGUCAACAUCUAGCUCUACUGAGGGUCCAAGAUCCACCUCCACAUAUCCUAUCCCUCCCUUGGUUCAUGGUUUUGUUUCCAAGUUGCCUUUGAACUCAUCAACAGCAGAUGUAAAUCCUUUACAGGACUCAGCACAAUCCAACUCUAUACAUUCAACAUUAUCAAAAAACUUCACUUGGUCUUUGGACAAUGAUACCAUGAGCACUCCCGACAAUAUUUCCAGUACAGUCAGCAUCCUUCCUCCACCUCUGAUGACCACAACUGUGACCCCUUUGACAGUAGAACCUACUGGAUGGCUUGCCACAGACAAUGACAACUUUGCUGGUUUCACCCCAUAUGAAGAACAAACAACUUUACAGCCUACCUUAAAAUUCACAAACAAUUCAAAACUUUCCCCCAAUACAUCAGACCCCUCAAAAGAGAAUAAUAAUACAAGAAUAGUGUUUGGAGCCAUUUUAGGAGCUAUUUUGGGUGCUUCACUGCUUAGCCUUGUUGGCUACUUGUUGUGUGGACAACGGAAAACAGACUCAUUUUCCCAUCGGAGACUUUAUGACGACAGAAAUGAACCAGUUCUGCGGCUAGACAAUGCGCCAGAACCUUAUGAUGUCCAUUUUGGAAAUUCUAGUUACUACAACUCCGCUGUGAGUGACCCCUCCAUGACAGAAGGUGGAGAAGAUGUGCAUGACGGCAUUCCCAUGGACGAUAUACCUCCGCUUCGCACUCCCAUGUAAAACUAGGAAAAUAACGGCUGCAGAGGGCAAGGGUUCGUCUCCAUUUCGGCCUUUCGAGAAGUUCAUAUUUCAAGAGACUUGUAAGACCAUUGUUGUGCUGUUUGCACUGGGAGAGCUGCAAAAGCUGGAGGCAUGCAGCAGAGACAGAGUGGACCCAU